AUGGCUGCACCACACACGUUGUUGGCGGAGGAAGAUGGCAUUGAGGAGAGUCCCAGACCAGCACCCCGCGUUUGGCCCAUGUGUACCGUGAUGACUGUGGUCACCCUGGCGGCCCUGGCGCUCUUGUCCCAGGCGCCGGGCCAUGGCCUCAGCGGUGCCGCGGCGACGCGCGGCAUGGCGGAGGCCGACGCCGUUGCCGUGCAACGCCUUCAUUCCGGCUGCGCCAUGGAAUGCACUGAGGGCUCCGUGUGCUGCGGCGGCAAGGAGUGCUGCAUGGACGGCGACUCGUGCUGCGGAGGCACCUGUCUCUCCAAAGGCGCCACCUGUUGCCGCGACUCCGAAGAUUUCCCACUGAUGUGCACUCCUGACACCUACUGCUGCGGCAAAGAUACGACCAUCGCCCUCUGUUGCACAACGGGCUGCAAGAAGAGCGUUUUCGGCUCUGAGAUGUGCGAAGAUUUGAACUAA